UUACAUCCGGUAUUCGCAGAUCUGUGCCCAGGUUGUUCGAGCCGCAAUGAAGCCUCAGUACAAGGCGGAGGCAGAGAGGGCGGCCAUGGCCACCGUGAAAACUGUGAAGACCAAGAAGGAGUAA